GCUGAAGUCAUCCGCGGGCCGCCAGAAGGGGAGUGAAUGGGUCCUGCACGCAAAGCAGAAAAGCGCUGAAACUGCGGAGAUAUACUUUGGUUCAAUUGCGGCUCAGUUACAGUGAGCAGGAGGAGGCGUGAGUUUGACAGCGAGACCUGCGACACGCUUUAAAACAAAACAAAAAAACCUUUUGGUGAUAACUGCUGUUGACCCAGCGGUAUUUUUUUUCUUAACUUUUGGUCCCCCCGUGAUUUAUACCUCAGUUGAUGCUGAGAUGAGGUCGAGACUCUCAGUGCGCCCGGCGCGUCCUUAGCGUAUCCACACGCAGCCCGGCGCAUCAGAUGGAGGCACAGAUCAGCCUGGAGAUCUAAAAAAAAUGGAUGUAAUAUCCCAGAGUUUGUCAGAGUAACAUUAAUUUAUAAUAUUUUGCGAUACACACUAGCUAAUGUUUGUCCUGGUCCUGUGCGUAACAGUUGGUGAGUUUACUUCUUUUUUCGACGGGAAUGUUCUUCAUCGCAGCAAGGAUAACGGAUCUCUGACUUUAGACUGGCUUUCUUGGCACAUAUGUGGACCCUAAACAGGAUGUUACAGUCUAAACGGCCCAGGCGUCAUUGGGCCACCGUUUACCAUCACCAUAUAUCUCCACAUAGCUGGGCGUCCUGCUGCGUCUAGGAAUUACCAGCACUCCAGCUUCUGCCUCCGUGUGAGGGAGGAACACGUACAAGAAGAAAAAGAAAAAAGAAAAAAAAAAGUGUUUUGGUUAACAUUAACAUUGGCUUUACGAGUCUCAUCCCUGGGCUACUAUGCAAUCACAACUGAUCUGCUUUGUUUUGACCAUCUUGCACUGCAUGGAUUUCACUGGUUGUCAGCCGCACAGCAGCUCCAGGCACCGGCCACAUAAACCAGAGAUCCUUGGGGGGAGCCCGGGGUGCCAGCAGUCGGGCUGUCUGACCUGCUCCGACUACAAUGGGUGUCUGUCCUGCAAGCCGCGCUUCUUCAUGCACCUGGAGAGGAUCGGGAUGAAGCAGAUUGGGGUGUGCAUGAUCUCCUGCCCCCCAGGCUUUUACGGCACCCGCUCCCCAGAGAGAAACACCUGUACAAAGUGCUGGUCAGAGUGCGACUCCUGCUUCAACAAGAACUUUUGCACGAGCUGCCGAGCGGGAUACUACCUUCACCAGGGCAAGUGCCUGGAGAGCUGCCCCGAGGGCAUGGCCCGCAGCAACACGCAGAGGGAGUGUGUCCCCGGGUGCCCUGCAGACUGUGAGCUGUGUGUAAACAGCGAGACCUGCACACGAUGCCAGCCGGGCCUGUACCUGCUGGAGGGAAGGUGCCACCACAUCUGUCCGGAUGACUACGAACCCAACGAUAAACUCAUGGAGUGCACGCCACAAGUGCACUGCGAGGUGGGCGAGUGGAGCGAGUGGAGUCCCUGCUCCAAGUCUGGCAGAACCUGUGGCUUUAAAAGGGGCCAGGAGACCCGCACGAGGCAGGUCCUGCAUUAUCCAUCACCCUUCGGCAAACCCUGUCCGGAAAUCUCUGAGAUCAAAGAAUGUCUGGUCAAGAGGAGGAAAUGUCCAGGAGGACCCAAGAAGCCUGACCGGCGAAGGAAUCGCAACAACCGCAAAGACAAGGAAAGCAACGAGGGACGAAGGGAGAGGAAAAGGGAAAGGGAGCGAGACAGGGCCACCAGUGAACGUGAAAACUCUGAUAACAGGAACAAAACGGAGCACCGGCACCGCAGAGGCCACGACACAGACCCGGUCUCCCCUGAAGACGGCCUUGUGCAGUAGUCCCGGGGACAGACCAAGUCUGUGGCUCCCCACCAUCCUCCUGUUAUCUUCCCAUCCUUCCUGCUCCACAGCAUCCUCACCCUCACCUACUACCCCCCCUCCCUUUUGACCCCUCUCUUCAGGGGUUGUGCUGCUACCUGUAUGAUUUGAAUAGACUAUUUAUGCACCAGCGUGACGGGGCACAUUCAGCCACAAGGCUUGGGCCACUAUUGACUUUAAAAAGUCUUCUAUUUUCUAUGCUGUAGUGUCAGCUCCUUCACCUCCACCGCUGAGUGUCUUCUCCAUAAACUACAGGGGACACUGCUGGAGGAAAUGAGGAGCGAGGAGAAUUGUUUGUGACUGUGUGCAGGACUGUCUGACAGAUGGACUGAGACAUAUGUGCUUGUUGAUAUAGUUAUUUAAUGGGGCUCUGGUACAACAUUGUGCAUUUUGGUUUUUGAAUGUAGAUUUUGCAGCAUUAUGUAGAACAAUUGUUUAUUAUUGUUGUACCUGUUCUUUAGAUCUCUAUUUUGGUUUGUAAAGAAAAUAAUAAGUGAGUCUUUGCUUUUGACAUCUUCAUUAUCACCACCACUGACGGAUGUAGGGGAACCUGCAUGCUGGGAAUUAGAGGAGUACGAUCAAAAACUGAGAACACGUUCAGUACGUCUUGAACAGACUCAUUUUACCAAGAUAAGCGAUAAAUCUAAUCUGCCACUGUUUCCCCCCCUUUUGUGUAAAUGGUUUCUGUGCUCUCAAUAAAGCUCCUUGACUAGGAACCAAAAACAUCUGUAUGUCAAAUAAAACAGUAAUGGGUUUGUA